AUGUUGAAUCCAAACACUGAGCAAGACAUCCCUGUCGACCCCAAUGCGGCCACCGGGGCGGAUGUGGACGACGUGACUGAAACAUCGAGCAUCCGCACGUCGUCAACUACUUCUCUCUCUGAGAGCGUGCGCGAGUACAGGGAGCUCCAUGGUCGGACCUUCUCUCAGAAGACAGAAUACUGGGCUCCAAACGAUGAGAGAGAGCAGGACGCUCUGGAUUUCAACCACUACUGGAUGACGGAUCUGCUUGGUCAAAAGUUGACUCUUGUUCCUCUUAAGGACCCCCAGCAUGUUCUUGACCUUGGCACGGGGACGGGAAUAUGGGCGACUGACUUUGCGGACACACAUCCGUCGGCGGAGGUUAUUGGCACCGACAUCUCUCCGAUUCAGCCUGGCUGGGUGCCCCCCAACUGCAAAUUCCAGAUUGAUGACUUCGAGCUUGAUUGGACGUUCCCGGCAAAUCAUUUCGACUUGAUCCACAUCCGAAAUCUGGAAGCUGGAGUCGCAGACUGGCCCAGGCUUUAUGAGCAAGCUUUCAAAGCUACAAAACCGGGAGGCUACAUCGAGGUAAAGCAAAUCGACAUCGAGUACCACUCCCAGUCAGUCGAGGUUACCGAAGACCACAUCUUCCGAAGAUGGUACAAAGCCAUGACAGAAUCCACCGAUAAAAUGGGAAAGACUCUGAGGAACGUCGACAAUCACGGCAUUGCUAAGGGCAUGACGGAAGCAGGAUUCGUGGUUGAAGAGGAGAAGGUGUGGAAGAUUCCCAUUGGUGGAUGGAGCAAAGACCCGGAGUUGAAGAGGCUCGGGGCGUGUACCCUUGAGUACAAUGACUCUAUGCUCGAGUCUUUUGCUCUUUACUUGUUGAAGGAGGUACUUGGCUGGGAGUACACGGAGAUCAUGGUGUUCGUCGCUGAAAUGCGGAAAGAGCUACGCGACCUCAAGAAUCAGGUGUACUAUCACUUCCACCUUGUCUACGGUCGCAAGCCCGAAGAGACUGCGGAGACACCUGCCGCCUAA